AUGACUGUUAUCAGACCAAAGGUUCUUAGACUCGGCCCCUGGAAGUUCAGCGAGAAGAGAUGGAGCGAGUUGGCCACCAUUGCCGAUGUUGUUGACUGUGAGUCUGCCAACAGAGAGGAGUUCCUCAAGGACUUGAAGGGGAAGUACAGCGAUAUCACCUCGAUUGUGCGUACCUUCUGUUCCAUCGGCGUCACCGGCCGUUUUGACGCCGAGUUGGCGUCGCACUUGCCUAAAUCUCUCUUGAGUGUGUGCCACAACGGUGCCGGCUACGACCAGAUCGAUGUUCAGCCUCUUACCGACCGUAACAUCCAGGUCUCCAACAUCACCACUCCUGUGGAGGCUCCUACCGCCUUGACUGCAGUCUACUUGACUCUUGCUGCCAUGAGAAACUUCCAGUGGGGCCACGACUUGUUGGUCGAGGGCAAGUGGGAGAACGGUGGAAAGUGCGCUGGCGUACCUAUCGGAUACGACCCAGAGGGAAAGACCCUUGGUAUCUUGGGUAUGGGUGGUAUUGGCCGUGCUAUUCGUGACCGCUUGCAGCCUUUUGGAUUCGGCAAGACCGUCUACUACAACAGAAGCAGAUUGUCUGCUGACUUGGAGGGCGACGCCGAAUAUGUGUCCUACGACGACUUGAUUGCAACAAGUGACGUGAUUAUGGUCAGUGUUCCAUUGAACCCAAAGACCCACCACUUGUUGAACGCCGAGACCAUCGCAAAGAUGAAGGAUGGUGUUGUCAUCAUCAACACCGCCCGUGGUGCUGUCAUCGACGAGGCUGCUCUUACCAAGGCAUUGCAAGCCGGCAAGAUCGGUGCAUUUGGCUCUGAUGUGUUUGAGUUCGAGCCAAAGGUGUCGCCUGAAUUGUCCAGUUUGCCAAACGUGGUUUCCUUGCCUCACAUGGGAACUUUCACCGUUCAGGCUAUGGAGAACAUGGAGAUCUUUGUCAUUGACAACGUUGAACAACUUUUGAGAACCGGCAAGGUGAACACAAUUGUUCCCGAACAGUCCGGAAAAGACUUUGGCCACCCAGCCUUGCUCGCAUAA